AUGGAGUCCUCUGGUUCCUCCGUGUCCACCUUCCCCGCCGACAACGACAAGUCUCUGCCGCUGGCCACCCGUGCCGAGGAUGACAAGGCAGGGCACACGAGCCAUACGUCGUCUCUCACGGCGUCAUCGACUUCCAGCAACGAGGUGCAGAAGGCCAGGUUCAAGUGCGAGUACUGCCCGCGCACGUUUACCACCGUGCAGGGGCGGUCCGGGCACCAGACGGUGCACAGGCACCUGUGGGCGCCACUCGGCCCCGUCAACAAGAAGGCACGCAUAGACCGUCCUCCCGCGUCGUCGUCGGCGCGCAUCUGGGCUUCGUCGGUGGACACCACCGCCUUGGGCAGAGCUUACCUCCAUGAGAACCUGUUUGCCGCCCACUACUACCCCUCGGCCCCCUUUGUGCCUCCUUCGUUGCAGACUGGUACCGGGCUUGCUCCAACUCAACCAUCACCUUCUCUGUCGGUGCGUGUGGCCGGCGGCUACCGCGGGACUGGAGAUGGAGGCCACCGUGGACACCAGCAAGGCGUGCGUGAAGUGGAUCAGGAAGAGACUGCCGACGGGAUUGAUCUGACCCUGAGGCUCUAG